AUGUCGUUCAAUGUAAAUUGGAACACCCUCGAGACGGAGCAGCUCCGCGAGUACACUCGCGACGUGCUCACGCUGGCGCUCAACCUGGGCAACCCGCCAAAAAUCCUCGCCGCCCCCAUCGAAAUCAAACAGCUAGAGUUCGGCAAAGCCGCCCCUGAAUUUGAGAUAUUGGAGAUCGGCGAGCUUGACCAGGACCGGUUCCGCGGUAUCUUCAAAGUGAGCUAUACUGGCGACUUUGAACUUACCCUCCACACCCGGGUCAACGCCAACCCGCUACAUAUCCACAACGCCACCCUGCUUGAACGAGAAGUGGGUAACGAUGCUCCCGACAUCGACUUGCACCGGUUUGUCACCCCGAACUUUGGCAUUGCCAAGGAGGCGUUCCCACUUCCGCUCGACCUUAAGCUCUCAAAUAUUAAGAUCUCGGGGAUAGGCAUCAUCGUGUUCUCCAAGACUAAAGGGCUUACUUUAGUGUUCCGCAAUGACCCCCUCGACCUGAUUAGAGUCACCCUGACUUUUGACACCGUCCAGGUGCUUGCCAAAUUUUUACAGAAGCAAAUCGAAAACCAGAUCAGAGAACUCUUCCGCGAAACAUUACCGACGCUUAUGCACAAGCUCCUGCUUAAGUUCCUCAACUUGGAUACCCUCAACCGCGAUUUGCUUGCCGUCAACCCUACCAUUACCGCUAAUCCGGUGGUGGUCCCCGUGCAACAAAUACUGCAAAACAAUCUCCGCAAAAUGUUGAAGCUUUACCGCUCAAGAGAAACACUCAAGUUUGCCAUUCCUAAGUUCAAGAAUGUCAUCCAACGGUCUCACUUGGAAAAGUACCUGAACCAUCCCACAUUGCUCAAUUCGCUUAUCACCGACUACGACCGAAACUUGUCGGUGUGCGCACAACCCCAACAGCUGACCAACGGCAUCCCCAUCGACAUUUUGAUCAACGAAGACGUCAACAAGACCGAAGAUGUAUUGCGGGCAAUCUCUAAAGUUCAGACGACCAGCUACUACGCUUCGGCCAAGGAAGCUCCCCCUCCCCGUCGGCGUCGGAUUAAGCUCGGCGGAAGCAAAAAGCAAGCCACUGAGCCUGAUGCCAACAGCACCAUCGACGACUCCACGGUUAUCGACAGUUCCUCGGUGGCGGUGUCGAACGCUUCCAGCGUAUCAACCACCCUCACCGAUGCCACUACUGUCGACCCCAUCGUCCAGCCGCGGCCGCUUAGAGUGUCGGCUGAGCUCUACCACGACCUCAUGUACCCGUUGGAGCCAAGCCACCAGCACCAGCACCACUUGGACUCGCCGUCGAUCGUGUCUGGUGUGGGCAUUGGCAACAACUACUUCAACUUCACCUCUUCGCGCCAGUCGCAGUCUCCCCCCGUGUUGGUCGAGCUCAAAAAGGCGUCGACGCCGGUCACUCCUGCCGAGCCCAAGACGUCACCGUCAACGUCAAAUUCCAAGUCGAAAAACUACCUCGACACCUCCAAAUUCAACAACAAGUUGCGGCGCGAGUUCGCCUCCUACCUGCAUGGGUUCAACCCGUCGCCGGUGUUUGACACGCCACCCCCCUACCAAGUAUAA